CCUCAUCCCUUGUAGAGGCGGACUCCUAUCACAGCGAAAGCUCGCUAGACCUGCCGAAGGUUGCCAAAGCCAAUCAAUGCUCGACGUCAGGAAGCGCAUCUACAGCUCCGGGACAAGCGAACGUUAAAGACUUUCUUGGGCAGCACAGUUGAGGUCGACAUAUCUUCCAAUUCCCUUAACCUUGGUCUGCCAAUAUGCGCUCAACAUCGCGGCUAUUAGCCACAGUCAAAUCGGCUAGAAAAUACCUAGAACCCAACACACCUACGGGCCUGACAGGCCUAAGUACGCAUCCUGCACCCCGUCCAGCCCUCAUCUACACAUAUCGUCAAACACUCAAAAAGCUCGAACAGAUACCCAAGAGCUCGGUGUACCGACAGUCAACAGAAGCGCUCACAAAACAGCGCCUAGAAAUUGUCGAGGCACAGAAACCCGAAGGAUAUGAGAAAUGGCUCGAGCGAGUCCGGAAGCAGAUCGAAGCGAAUCCCGCUGCGUACAAUAGGUUUUUGAACGAGGACGGGACUUUUGGUAGCGAAAAAGCGCAUGUCGAGCCUGUGGAUGUCUGGGAUGGCAUGAUCACGCGGAAUGAUGGUAUCCAGGAAGGCACAAACAGUUCAGCGGAGGCAGAGCGGAAGGCUCGCUAUAUCAAUGCAGAGGUGCAGACCGUGGACAGAGAGGCUGUCGAGGGCAAAUUGCCAACUGUUGAGGAAUUGGAAGUUGAGCCGCCUUUAACAAGAGAGCAGAUCGAGUCUAUUGAAAACAAGAUUGGCGCCGGACUGAUCGAAGAGGUCGUGCAAGUCGCAGAAGGUGAACUAGAGCUUGUGGAUGAGAUGCUGAGACACCGACCAUGGGAAGAGCUCGAAGAGAAGGCGCCGGCUGGCCAAUGGUCCUACUUUGAGCGUGGAGACACAGUCUAGAUGCUUUUGGCGCAUGGGCAAGCUUGUAUAUACGAUAUCAAAAUGCAAGAAAGAAGGCUGUAUUGCGACUACCAGCUCCUGUCGUCGUCUGGCGGUCUUCCAGCGUUAUGAACCUGGCUCAUGAUCUCGUUCUGGGAAAAUAUGCCGGCUCUCAAAUGAUAAGAGUCUGGGAUGCAACGUCAAAAGGAAGAGCUUUGAUGUAUCAUGCCGUAUUGGUGGACUCCAUUUCCCAUUGCCUGUAUCUUCUCAAGCAAGCACUUGUCCAC